AUGUCCAACUCCAACGACUCCCAGGAAUGGACACAAGUAACUCGCAAGUCCCGCAAGUCCAAUAAACACAGCAAAUCCAAAUCUUCCUCUCACAUCAACUCCCGCUCUGUGGGCCCGCAGACUGAAAACCUGCGUGACCCCUCUGAGCUGGAGAAGGACUACAAUCACUACCGUUCGCGCUGGGAGACUGGCGUGCCGUGCUCUCAGCUGCGUGAGUUUAUCAAGACCAAGGCUGCUAACCUCAAAGAUAUCAAUCGUGCCGUUAACUUUGGUACUGGCUCGUUUGACCUUGAUACCGAAGGCGUUGAUCCCAAGAGAGCGGCGUUUCAGCAGUUGGCUGCCUUUGAGAUUGUCAUUGAGGAAUUAGAGGAAAUCAACGGGAACAAGAUUGAGACCUUCUUCCAAGACCCCGUCUUCAACGAGUCAGAUAAGAAGUUCCUCUCCAACCACGGCCACAUCGUCGUCGAGGACCCAGCAGGUUGCGAGCUGGUCAACCCAAACACCUUCUUUUUCGGCGUCCAUCUCUACAAGCCCGUUUACAAUGUGGCCCUGGCAAAACAUCUCCCCGUGCUCUUCAUCGGGACAGGAUGGGCAGCCUGGGAUGAUAUGUUUGCGACAGAGGGCGUUGAGAACAUGGAGAGAAUGCACAAGUCUUAUGAGAUUUGCGACUUUCCUCAGAAUGAGUCGCGAGCGGACUUUGAUCCGUCGUUUUCGACUACAGUGAUUUACUGGAAGCCUUUGUCUGAGGAGGAGAAGGGUAAGGGCAAGGACAAGGAAAAGGAGAUUGUGGAUGACAAGGAGAUGGUUGAGAAGAAGGAUGAGAAGAAGGAGGACGAAGAUGAGAAUGACUUGUCUAAGAAGCUUGAAUCAACCACCAUCUCUUGA